GGCAGAAUGGGGUUGGACUGGGUGGCUCUUGUGGUCUCUUCCAACUCUAGGAUUCUCCUUCUUCCUCUGCUGCCCUGAAGCCAGGCUGGGGCCAGGAGAGAAGAAGGAGGCCUGAGGGAAGAGGCAGCAUCUCAUACAUAAAGGCCAAGGCAUAUCAUGUGGCCCAGAGGGCAAAAACGGCUGCAAACUGAGCUAAAAUGUUAACUCAGAAGAGAGGCAUUCAGAGUGUCACUUUUUGGAAACUACUGUACACUUUGCUGAAGCAGAUCCAAGGUGGAGGACGGAUGGAGCCUUCUGACAUAGGCACCCAGGUCAGAUUUGUCAAAUGUGUAGUUUUCACCCAUGGCUACAGAAGACUGACAUUUUAUCAGCUUCCUUCUGAUGGUUCACUGGGGAGCAAAGAACUGCUGUUGGUUUUUUCCUGGCUUCUCUGCAGAGUGAGCUUAGUGAAACAGUCACUGACACUAAAUAGACUUAAACUUUGGGAUGAAAUAGUUGUCUGCAUGUGUGAUACUCCUCUGAAAAGCCAGCAGGUUGAGAGAAACCUAGAUCCAGCAACUGAUGUGAAAGACCACAGAGAUAUUCGAUACUUGCAGUGGUUAAAUGGUCGACUGGAAUUCCAAUGGCGAAAUUGCCAUACUGAACAACAAGAACAGUGUAAGCUCCUGCAUGAGGUACAUUUAUACACUUUUGGCUCUCAUGUUAAUGCCAUCAUUGGUCAUUUUUCAGUCACAGAAGUAGAUGUUGUGAGACAACCUGAUAGUUACAAACAGUUGUUGCAUUUCAUAGAAUGUAAUAAUUCUCGACUGGAAGCCUUUCUGAAAUGGAAACCUAUGGAACCAGUAUAUUGGCAUUGGAUGAAGACUGUAUUAGAUCCUGAAACAAAAGAGACAAAAGAGCAAGAUGUUUGUAACAAGGAUCCUGUUUUGCUAAGUGAAGAUCUGUGUUGCUCUGGCCUUAGCAGAACUGUUGAAGAACUUGACAGAUGCAGGAAUGACCUAGUGACUUUAUGUGAAGAGCUGCAUGAGCUUGUAAUGUACAAGAAACAUAACAGCUGUAGAAAGGUCAGAGCAAGAGAGCAAGAACAGCUACAAGAAAAGGAGUUCAGCAGGACUAUCAAAAGAAUAGAAACAGCUGUGGACCUGAAACUAUCUUAUCUUAAAUGCCAUAAUUAUGCUUGCAAAAUCAAGAAAAUGCAUGGUCCAUACAGACUUGUAUUUAAAGGGAAAUCUUUAAAGGGCCACAAAAUGGAUUCCAUCAAGUCAGCAGCAACCAAUAAAGCUAUUACAAGAGGAAUCACUGCAGAGGAUGUGAUAACUGAUCUGAGGAAGCAAGAAGCAAGGCUGAAGGCAGAGCUGAAACAACAACAAGAAGAAAGCAGGGACAAGCUUCAUGAAGCUGUGAAAAAGUUUAGUCACAUGCUUUUCAUUCCACCCAUGAGAAGACAAAAGCAAGAGAUAAAGAUACUGUAGAAAUGGUGGCAAGUUUUGCUAACUUUGAAAGUACCAUUUGGAACCAUGCAUCAGGCUCUUGAUGUUCCCUUCUUUUGGGGAUUGUUAUUAUAUUUAUAUUAUAUUAAUUUCUGUGCAUCUUUUCAUGUCCCAUGAGCAGACUUGAACCAUUUCGACCAGUUUGUGGCUGAUUUUUAAUUGCCGGGGGGGGGGGGGGAGAAUGAAGGAACAAUCUGCUUAUUUUGGGUGUACUUAGGGCAGUUUGGGUGUACAAAAAUCACCUGGAAAAUGAUGGAGGUCUGAUGAUGAUAGGGGAGUGGCAGGAAGCUUCAGAGGAAACAAAAAAGUGGGGAUCAGGAUCUGAAGGCAGACUGAACUUUCCCCACCCUUCUAGAAUAUAUUUUUAAUAUUCUGAACAGGGCUUUAAAUGUAGCAGUAAAUAUAAAUAAAUGUUAGCAACUGUCUGUACUUGAAA